AUGGAACAAGUCUUGAACCAGAUCCAACGAGAUUAUCUCUUGAAAUGGCCACAACCAUUGCGGUCUCCUUCUAAUCGGCGAGACCAGUCCAAGUACUGCCGUUUCCAUCAGGACCACGACCACAAUACCGAGGAGUGUGUUAACCUUAAAGACCAAGUCGAGAGCUUGAUACGCCAGGGACGUCUCAGCCGGUUCACGGCGGCCCGGCCUCACCAACGGCCAAGGACCGAACCUACCAAAAACAACCACCAACACACCCCUCCUCGACGACCCGCCCAACCUAACCAAGGCAAUGAUCGACCCCCACAGCAACCCCGAGCACAAGGCAACCUUGCCUUCCCAGUUGGAGAGAUCAGAGUUAUUGCCGGCGGGCUGGCAUGUGGUGGACCAUCCCAUUUGGCCCAACGGGCAAAACUCAGAAAGAUCCGGCAGGGUUCCAAUAAAGAGGUUGCGACAUUGGACCGCCCCUUCAAACACCCCAAACAGUGGAUGGAACCCAUCACCUUUACGGAGGCCGAUUGCACAGACGUUCGUUACCCCCAUGACGACCCCCUUGUCAUUUUUGCUCUCCUGUCCAAUUACAAAGUCAGACGGGUGCUUGUCGAUAACGGUGGCUCUUGA